AUGGUCGGCUCCGAGGACAAGCCCGCAACAAUGGACGCCCCGUCUCAAAAGUCCAGCGCCCCGCCGUCUGUCACCGACAGCAAAGACGCCGUUGACACGACCGCCAUGCCUGCCGAGGAGAUCCAGGAGUCCAAAGAAAAGUCUGCCGACGAAGCGUCGCCGCAGCAAGAGGACGAAGACGAGUAUCCAAAGUCAUGGAAGCUGGGCUUCAUCACGACCGCCCUGUGUCUUUCCGUCUUUUGCAUGGCCCUGGACAACACCAUCAUUUCCACCGCCAUUCCGCGCAUCACUGACCAGUUCAAAGCCCUCGACGAUGUGGGCUGGUACGGCUCUAGCUACCUGCUCACCACCUGCGCCUUCCAGCUUACCUUUGGCAAACUGUACACCUUCUUCUCCAUCAAAUGGACAUACCUGAUCGCCCUCUUCAUCUUCGAGCUCGGCUCUUUCAUCUGUGGCAUUGCCCCGACCUCAGACGCCCUGAUUGUCGGAAGAGCCAUUGCCGGUCUGGGUUCCGCUGGAAUUUUUUCCGGCGCCAUUCUCAUUGUCAGCAAAACCGUUCCUCUGCGUCAGCGCCCUACCUACACCGGUCUCAUUGGCGCCAUGUACGGAAUUGCUAGUAUCGCCGGUCCUCUUCUGGGAGGUGUAUUUACCGACAAGGUGACCUGGCGCUGGUGUUUCUACAUCAACCUCCCCUUCGGUCUCGUCACUGCAAUUUUCAUCUUCUUUUUCUUCAAGUCGCCCAAGAUCGUCAAGAACACGGCAUCUGGCUGGAAGGCCAAGCUCAACGAGUUCGAUAUCUAUGGAACUACCGUCUUCCUUCCUGCCAUCGUGUCCCUGCUUCUCGCUCUUCAAUGGGGUGGUUCCAGGUACGCGUGGGGCAAUGGCAGAAUCAUUGCUCUGUUCGUCGUCUUCGGCGUCCUGAUCGGCAUCUUUAUCGGAAUCCAGAUUUGGAAGCAGGAGAAAGCUACGGUUCCGCCCCGCGUCUUCAAGGACCGAACCGUCUGGGCUUGCGCCUUCUUUUCUGCCCUCCUUGGCGCUGCCUUCUUCAUCAUGGUCUACUACAUCCCUAUCUGGUUCCAGGUCAUCAAGGCUGCCACGGCUGUCAAGUCGGGCAUCAUGAACCUGCCCAUGGUCCUCGGCCUGGUCAUCAUCAGCAUGAUUGCCGGCGUCCUCGUGUCGGUCAUCGGCCACUACGUGCCCUUCAUGAUCCUCUCCUCCAUCUUCAUGUCCAUCGGCGCCGGCCUUUUGACCACGCUCGCAACCGACACGGGCCACUCCAAGUGGAUCGGCUACCAGUUCAUCUUUGGUGCGGGUGUCGGCUUCGGCAUGCAGCAGACGCUGAUCGCAGUGCAGGCGGCGCUGCCGACGGCCGACAUCCCCAUCGGCACCGCCAUCAUCAUGUUCUCGCAGACGCUGGGCGGCGCCCUGUUCGUGUCGGUCGGCCAGAACGUCUACACAAACCAGCUGAUCAAGAACAUCUCGGCCGCCAUCCCCGAGGGCGGCGCCCAGCUGCAAGGGCUAGUCCUGUCCACUGGCGCCACCGAGCUACAGUCCGCCAUCACCCGCGCCUUCCCCCAGUACCUCGAUGCCGUGCUCAGCGCCUACAACGACGCUCUCACCGAGACCUUCUACGUCAGCGUCGCUAUGUCCGCGCUCAGCUUUGUGUUCGCUCUGUGCGUCAAGUGGAUCAGCGUCAAGGGGAAGAAGAUCGAGAUGGGCGGCGGUGCUUGA